AUGUUCGAUAUCACCACACCUACCCUCUUUGGAAAAAUGACGCUCAGCCCCAUGUUGCUGAAAGCCUCCGUUAUUUUUUAUCUUUUUCUAUUUACUGUUCCCUUGGCUUCAUGCCAUAGUUGGGUGGAACAACUUAUGAACAUCGCCCCUAAUGGUACAUUCGUUGGCGAGCCCGGAUACCCCAGGGGAAAUGUCAAGCGGACUGCCCCAGGGUUCAGCGAUACCAGGAUGACCUAUCUUUUGCCGCCAAAUACUCGCCCUAUUGGAACCGGUGUCCUUCCAGAAGACAAAAUGUGCAUGGAUACUCAGCGAACCCGGGAGCAAACCGCCGGGAGCCCACGUUUGAAGGCUUCCCCCGGCGCUAUGAUCGCUCUUCGCUUCCAAGAAAACGGUCAUGUUAGCUUGCCAGAUGCUCAGCCGGGAAAACCAAAGAACCGUGGCUUCGUUUAUGUUUAUGGGACAUCCAACCCACGCCCCGACGACACCCUCCUCUCAAUCCAUAAGGUCUGGAACUCGGCCGGUACCGGCGGCGACCGAAGAGGACAGCUCUUGUCACGGCAGAAUUUUGAUGAUGGCCGCUGCUAUCAAAUUAACGACCAGCCAAUCUCUAAAAUGCGGCAGCAGAAAUUCCCUCAUCAAGCAAACGAACUGAUGGGCGCGGAUAUGUGGUGUCAACAGGAUAUUGCGUUGCCGCAGAAUGUUCCUGCUGGGAAGCCUUACACGCUGUACUGGGUGUGGGACUGGCCCACCGCCCCAGGCGCAGACCCUGGGAUUCCAAAGGGCAAAGCCGAAAUCUACACAACCUGCAUGGAUAUCGACGUCGUUGAAAAACCCGCGUUUCAGAGAUUGGCGCUAGACGGAGAGCAGCAAGGGUACAUCCAAGGCCAGCCUUUGAACAAUGCGGCGAUUCAGUCACAGGUGGCCCAGCUGAAUAGCCCGCCGAUGAUCCCGACGGUGACAAGAUCGCUGGAGCCUACAACGUUUUCCACAAAGUCUCGGCCUUCCACCCAAGAUAGCAACACCCCAACCCGCAGCCCCACAGGUGUUCCUUCCAGUGCAGCCAUGCUCCCCACGGGGGUUUCUAGCGGCCCGCCGGCAAUCACUAUCAUCCCGCUGUUCCCCAAUACUACGCAGCCUCUGAGCAGCCCACAGCUGUCCCGUACCGAAACAAGAAAUACCGUGCUGCCCACUCACGCGGCGCACUUUCGAUUUCGCCGAAAUAGUGCAGUGACUGGACAAGACCUGCGGCCCGAGCCGGAAGAACACCACACAGCUCGCGGGACGAGACGCUUCAGGCUGUGGUAG